UAAUAUUGGGUGCAUUGUUCAAAACAGAAGUUGAUUUAGAAAGACCAGACGUACCGCCUGAAAUAAAACCAACGAAAAUAACAAAAGCGUAUUUAUUGGCGGCGGCUUACUGUUCGACGUUUGGCGGUACAGGAACAUUAGUGGGAACUGGCACAAAUCUUACUUUCAAAGGAAUCUAUGAAAGUACGUUUCCAGAAGCUGAAGGAAUUAGUUUUACAGAUUGGAUGAUAGCGUCUUUUCCUCAGAUGGUUGUAAAUUCCUUCCUCACCUGGUUAUAUAUACGAAUCGCUUAUAUGGGAUAUUUAAGACCACAUAGUAAGGACGCUCAAGUAGCGACAAUCGGAAGAGAAGGUGAAACUGUCACAAAUCAAGUUAUACAACAGAGAUACAAGAAUUUGGGUCCCAUAACUUUUCAUGAAAUUGGAGUAGCCACUUUAUUCUUCACAUGCGUAUUUCUUUGGAUAUUUCGCAAACCUGGUUUCAUCCGUGGAUGGUCGGAAGUGAUUACUGAUAUAGAUGUCAGAGAUUCAGUGCCCGUGAUAUUCGUCUCCAUCUUGAUGUUUUUCAUCCCAAAGGAUCCUAGCUUCAUAUAUUGUUAUAGUCAAAAUCCUGCUAAAAGGCCAAAAAGAUCUUCAGAAGGUUUGAUUACGUGGAAGGUAAUCGAGACUAAAAUGCCAUGGAGUCUAAUGUUCCUAUUGGGUGGCGGUUUCGCAAUAUCAAGAGGAAGCGUAGCAUCAUGUAUGGCAAAACGAGUCGGUGAAGCUCUAGUACCACUCCGUUAUUUACCACCCAUUGUAAUACUUGCUGUUGUGUGCUUCUUCGAAGGCCUUAUGACAGAGUUUACCUCAAAUGUGGGAGUGGCGAAUAUCACUUUACCAGUGAUAGCGCAGAUGUGUGUGGCAAUGGAAAUACAUCCUAUGUACUUAAUGAUACCAGCCACCUUGAUGUGUUCAUUUUCAUUUCGCUUGCCAGUUGGCACACCACCGAACGCAAUUGUAACAAUCGCAGGACAUAUCCCUACAAGUUGGUUGAUUGCUGGAGGCUGUGCACCUGCAAUUUAUAGUUUGAUAGUAGAAGUCAUUUUCUUCCCUACAUGGGGUGUUUUCGUUUACGGAAUUAAAGAUUUUCCUGCUUGGGCCAGAUAUGUCCAAAUGAAAAAUAACACAGAUGUAUUUCGUUAAUUAA